GAAAAGAAUACUUUUUAUAUACCUUUCUCCCUUAGACACUGCCAACUAUAAUACACUUUGAAAUAACCUCUUCUUCUCUUUGCCUACUUUUGUGUUGCCAACUCCACUCCAUUCUUGAUUGUUUUCUGCUUUAAUUUCAACAUGGAAUGUUUCUUUUGUCGCCUAUGGGUCGUAUAAUAUAUUUAGUAAUCUGGCUAGUCUCGUUGAUUGAAUAUACCUGUUGUAAACCAGAAAGUUUUUCAUUGGUUUGAACUCUACAUGGACAAUGAAACUAGUGAUGUAAUAUUCUACUGGAUGCAAAUCAGAACACAACAAAAUAAAGGAAUGCGAAACUAGAGCCUCCACCGAAACAGAGACGUAUAAUGGAUUCAACUCUAUCACCCUGUGACAUGGGGUCAGUAGAUUUCUCGACAACAAUUAAACUUGAUUUAGAAAAUGACUAUGAAGCACAGGUCAGGGACUCUGUUGAUGCAGCACCCCAUUCUUCGCAGGAAAUAGAGUCAUUUGGGAUGCUUCACCAUGAUACGGAAUCGGUGAAAAACUCCUUCAAUUCACCAAUCCAUGACUCACUCGCGGAAACAGGCUCAUUAGAGGGUUCUGCAGAUCUAUAUAUGGACAAAAGUGUUACAGCAUGUGAACCAGAACAUAUAAUGUGUCACAAAGAGACUAGUUACAACGUUAUUAAGGAUAUAUGUGUGGAUGAAGGAGUCCAUACCAACGAUAAGAUUACUUUUUGGAGAAAAGUAGACGAAAACAUCCACAAAACUUAUUCUUCUCGGAGUUAUGGAAGUAAAGAAACAGUGAAAGACAAUGCUGGGAUCAAUUUAUUAAAUCCAUCAGUGACAGAUGAAUCUGAACAAUCCAAGGAUUUGAUGCAGCUCAAUGAAGGUGCAACUAGAAAACUUGCUGAUGUGUAUAAGGAGAUUGUUGUGCCUGAAGAUAACGUUUUGUUACAAGAUUUAGACAGAGAGAAAUCCAGGACAUCAACUGUUGAGGGUGAUGAAAUCAGACACGACCACGCAAAGGUUGAUAAUGACCCUGAGUUUCACUCCCAACCUGACAAGUCCAAAACUGUGAUUGAGAAUGAUGCAGUGUUUUCUAGUCCAGCUUUGGAAUCAAAAACUAAAAUCCUUGGCAGUAGUAGUUCACUGCAGCAGAAUGCAAACAUGGACCAUAAGUUAGAUCAUUCGGGUCAUGGAAGUAGUCAAGUUAGUGACUGUAAUUGUGGUCAAACUCAAGAUGCAGGUGUGAACUCUGACGAGCAGGGUGUAAAAGAUCAAGUUUUUCCAAGAUUAGACGAGUCAAGUUCCUUCUCUGUUGGGUACUUAGGACCUCUACCUUAUUGUGGUAGCAUCUCUCUUCGAUCAGAUAGCAGCACAGCUAGCUCACGGUCCUUUGCCUUUCCCAUAUUACAAUCAGAAUGGAAUAGCAGUCCAGCAAGGUUGACAAAAUCUGGUAGUAGGCGUCGCAGUAAACAGCAGGGUUGGACGCACCGCCUUUUCUGCUGUAAAUUCUGAAAGUUUAUUAUUCCCUAUAGCCUUAUAAUAAUAGUUCAUAUAUAUCAGUCAAUUUUUCUCAGUAUCAGGCAUAUACAUAUAUCUCCAUUGUUUGGUCCUAUAUGUAAGCACAAGUUCUUUUUAUUUCCCUUAAUUGCAUUUGUUUCUUACCUUUUUAUUUUACCCAUAUAUAUGAUCAAAAUUUUAUUUCCUUGUCAAUA